AUGAAGCUGAAUCACGAGACAGUGACCAUCGAACUCAAGAACGGUACCCAAGUCCAUGGUACCAUUGCUUGCGUCGACGUUUCCAUGAACACCCAUUUGAGGUCGGUUAAGCUCACUAUGAAGAACGAAGAAACCGUUAACAUGGAUACUCUGACUGUUCGAGGGAAUAAUAUUCGCUAUUUUAUAUUACCCGACACGCUCCCCUUGGACACAUUGUUGAUCGACGAAGGUCCCCCGAAACGAAAGCAACGCAAGGAAAAUGCUCUGUCGUCGACUCGCGGACGCGGUCGCGCUGUUAUUCGUGGAAGAGGCAGAGGCGGCCCGCGUGGUCGUGGUCGCGGCGGUCCGAUGCGAAGAUAG